AUGGCGCAGUCAUGCAUUCGCAGCGGCUACGAAGUUUUCGGGGAGGACAUCGUUUCCGAGCGCAUGGAUUGUUUCCGGAGAGAGGGCGGUGCGGACGAUGCGGUCGAAACGGUAGCCGCCAUGCUCGAUGUGGUCGUGGCCGUUGUGCUCAACGCCGAGCAGAUCGAGACCAUCCUGUUUGGAGACGCUGGUCUUGUUCCUAAACUCAGGCCGGGAGCUGUGGUGGUGGCAUGCGCGACCGUGCCUCCGGAAUUUGCCAGGACGAUGGAGGCGCGUUGCCAGUCGCAUGGCGUUCAUUAUCUCGACGCACCUGUGUCUGGUGGAUCAGUGAAGGCAGGAGAGGGUAAACUCUCAAUAAUGGCCGCCGGGACACCAGAAGCCUUUGCGGCUGCCAAGCCGGUUCUGGAUGCCACUGCAGAAACCGUUUUCCAACUGGGAGACAGGGCUGGUGCAGGAUCGGCGAUGAAAGCGGUCAAUCAGCUUCUUGCGGGUGUGCACAUCGCGGCAAUGGCAGAAGCAAUGACGUUCGGCAUGACGCAGGGCAUCAACCCGCAGAAGUUCAUCGACGUCAUCAGCAGAUGUGCCGGAACGAGCUGGAUGCUUGAAAACCGUGCUCCACAUGUUGCUGCCGGGGACUACACGCCGCACAGCCAGGUUGUCAUCUGGCCGAAGGACCUUGGCAUUGUUCUGGAAACAGCAAAAAAGUCCGGUCUAGAAACGCCGAUUACGGAAGCGGCCCUUCGUCAGUACACCACCGCGGUUGAAAUGGGGCUGGGUCACGAGGACGAUGCCGCCGUCACAAAGGUAUAUGCCCGCAGCGCCGGUUUGCAGCUACCGGGGGAAAGCUGA